AUGCACCUCUGCACGGAAAUCUUUAGUAAAAGGCGAAAGAUUUUCUCGGUUAAAUGCAGAGGAGCCAGAGAUGCGAUCACCGUGUCACUCACUGGCGGGCCUGCAGGUGCGUCGUAUUGCUCGCUGCUCACGGAAUCGCGCUCAGCAUUACGAAAAGCACAUUCCCAUGUGCCAUGGCUCAUUAUGUCUGACGAAGAGGAGGGCGAUUACUCGCACCUGCAAACGGAGCAGAACCGAAGGCAUAAGAAAGCAGGAGGAUGGCAGGUUAUGGGACUUGAUCAUACUGUUUUCAAAGGUGUAGAGAGGAAAGGCUACAAACAGCCCACUCCUAUACAGAGGAAAACCAUUCCUUGUAUUCUUGAUGGCAAAGAUGUCGUGGCAAUGUCGCGAACAGGAAGUGGCAAAACAGCUGCUUUCGUCAUCCCAAUGCUGCAGCGGCUGAAGCGUCGAGACACCAAAGGGAUUCGUGCUCUUUUGGUGUCACCUACGAGAGAACUGGCUCUACAGACAUUCAGAGUGGUGAAGGAGCUUGGACGCUUCACCGGACUGCGAUGCGCUAUCCUAGUUGGAGGAGAUGCUAUAGAGGACCAAUUUUCGACUAUACAUGAGAAUCCUGAUAUACUGAUUGCCACCCCUGGUCGGCUACUGCAUGUUAUCGUAGAAAUGGACUUACGAUUGAGCUUUGUGCAGUAUGUAGUAUUCGAUGAGGCUGAUCGCCUUUUCGAGAUGGGUUUUCAAGACCAAUUAACCGAAACGCUAAAGCGAAUUCCGGAGAGUCGACAGACUCUGUUGUUUUCUGCAACUCUUCCUAAAAUGCUAGUCGAUUUUGCUAAAGCUGGCCUGUCAGACCCGAUGUUGGUCCGCCUUGAUGUAGACGAAAAGAUCUCAGAACGUUUAUCGAUGGUUUUUGUGACAUGUAGGGCUGACGAAAAACUUGCUGUUUUGCUCCAUCUAUGUCGGAGGAUGAAUGCUGAAGGCAAGCAAACUGUAGUAUUUUGCGCCACUAUGAAACAUGUGGAGUAUGUUGUGGGUAUCAUGAAUCGUGCUGGGAUCGACAAUUCUUUCAUUUAUAGUCAGCUUGAUGCAACCGCUAGGAAACAGAAUAUACAGAAAUUCUCGGAACGAAAAAAUAACAUUCUCAUUGUCACUGAUGUAGCUGCCCGUGGUGUGGAUAUCCCUCUACUAGACACUGUUAUCAAUCUCCAUUUUCCACCAAAAGCAAAAUUGUUUGUUCACCGCGUUGGGCGAGUAGCCCGUGCCGGACGGAGCGGUACAGCGAUAUCGUUGAUCUCUUCUGAUGAGAUGCCUUAUCUAGCCGAUUUGUUCCUAUUUUUGGGUAAACCAAUGAAGUUUGCUAAUGACGAUGACAAGUAUGAUGAAGAAAUCACUCUCAUUGGCAGAGUUCCAGAAGAUGUUGUCAGCCUGGAGUCCGAAUUUUUCAAUUCUAUCCAUGAUAACAAUGAAGAAAUGAAUGAACUCAGGCAAAAGGCUACAAAUGCUAUGAUGAGGUAUAUCCGUACGCGCCCACCCCCUUCAGCUGAGUCUGCUAGGAGGGUCAAGGACGAAUUGAGAAUAAAAACGUCCGAAGCUGCUGCUCAUCCAUUUUUGCGAUUGUCGGGAGACAAACAGCGAUACAGCAUCUUGAAUCAACUCGCAAACUACAAAACUUCUGCAACGAUUUUCGAACUCAAUGUGGGGAGCAAGGCGCACUCGGCAGCUGUAAUGAAAGAAAAGCGACGUCAGCAUGAAGAACACAUACGUCAAAUACAGGAACUGAAGGCGAAGAAGAAAGAGGAACUUCUUGGUGGUCAGGAAAAUGUUUCCGAGACUCCAACCGAACAAGCAGACGAGUCUGCUAUUUCGGAAGCUUUUACUGAGGUUGUUGGCCGAGGUCUGUCCGAAGAAGCUGGCAAAUCGAAAGCAACGAACAAAAUUGACAGAGCUGAACAGAGAAGACGCGAGAAGGCGCGAAACUUCGUCGCUUAUACAUCAGCAGACUACGAGUCCGAAAAGCAAUUAGCCCUCGAUAAAGUGGAUUUUGCCAGACAAGCUGAUGGAGCUACGGUCGAGAUAUUUGCUGAUGAUGAUAAAGGGAUGUAUAAGCAGAAGCAUGCGAAACGAUGGGACCGCAAAAAGAAAAGGUAUGUAGGGGCAUCAGGUGAUGGACCUGAUAAUAAGAAAAUACGCACGGAAGAUGGCACGUGGUUACCUGCAUCAUAUAAGACAGGCCGUUAUGAAGAUUGGAAGAAGAAGCAAAAGCUUGGUUACAAGAAGAAUGACGCAGAUGGUGAUGAGCAAGAAGCAAGCCCAUCAAAUGAAAGCAAAUUUGGGCGGUACAAUAAAUGGAAAAAUGUUAAUAAGAAGCAGCAGUCAAAGGGUCCGAAAUCUGAACUCAGAAACGUUAGCCAAAUCAAGAAAAUCCGGAAGAAGUCUGCUAAAUUGCAACAGUAUAUGGAACACCGAAGGCUGGAGAACCUUAAGAAGAAAGCCGCGCACGCAGGUGGAGGAAAAGGAGGAGCAGGAAAAAGACGGAAAUAGUGUUAAGCAGAAUAAGGCAUGCAUGGUUGCUG